AUGCUCUGCUCUUGGAGAACUGCUGACCUAGGGCUACUACUGAUCUUGACUGUCUUCCUAGUGGGUGUUAACACUUCAUGUCUUGUAUCAAUCAAUAAAAAGGCUGUGCUCAGUUGUCCUCCUGUACAAUUGGCAACAUUGGUACUAAUAAGAUGGGAAAUAAACCUCAGAGACAAGCCUUCCUGUGCAAAAGCUUACAAAAGAGAAACAAAUGAGAUCAAGGACACCGGCUGUACUGAUGAGCAAAUAACCUGGGCCUCCAGACCUGAUCAGAAUCCUGACCUCCAGAUUGAGCCAGUGGCCAUUACUCAUGAUGGGUAUUACAAGUGUGAGAUGGCAACAAUGCAUGGGAAUUUCCAACAUGGAUAUCACCUCCAAGUGUUAGUUACCCCCGAAGCGACCCUGUUUCUAAGUGAGAACAGAAGUGUGGUGUGCAAGGCAGUUGCUGGAAAGCCAGCUGCACAGAUCUCCUGGACCCCAGAGGGAGACUGUGUCACUCAGCAAGAAGGUUGGGGCAAUGGCACAGUGACUGUUGAGAGUACAUGCCACUGGGAAGGCCACAGUGUGUCUACUGUGACCUGCUCUGUCUCCCAUUUGACUGGCAACAAGAGUCUGUCCAUAGAGCUGAAUUCAGGUCUCAGAACUUCAGUAUCUCCAGUGUCACCCUUACUGAUCAUUCUGUAUGUGAAACUCUCUCUUUUUGUGGUCAUUCUGGUCAUCGCAGGAUUUGUUUUCUUCCAGAGGAUAAUGAUUGCAGAAGAUGAUUAUAUUCAUGACUCUGAAUCUUUACCCUCUCCUCUAUCCAUGUAA